AUGGAACGCAGCGCUGUGCCCACGUUUGGAGACUGCGUUUGUCAGCUUUAAGAGAAACCCGAGCUGCAAACGGCGCGUCUUGAAGCGCGUUUGGAGACUGGAUUGUUGAAAUUUGAUGCAAGGGAACUUACGCGGUGUGUUGAAUGGAUAUUGCCAGUGAAGUUAUUUGGGUAGCCAUACUGUGACAGAGGUUUGAGGGCUUUGGACGCGCGCCCGUGUGAUCACCGGCGGAUAUCAGAGGCGAGAGAUUGACACACGGAUUGACAAGUCCCUCUUUCAGGCAGAGAUUCUGAUGACCUAAUGGACCUCCAGUGUGGCCUUGUGCUGUGUGCGCUGCUGCUGCUGCGGGGCGCAGUUAGAGGCAGUAUCCUGUACAGAGUGCCCGAAGAGCAGCCGCCCAACACCCUGAUUGGCAGCUUGGCCGCCGACCAGGGCCUGCCAGACUCGGGGCAUCUGUACAAACUGGAGGUGGGCGCCCCCUACCUGCGUGUGGAUGGAAAGACAGGAGACAUUUUCACCACAGAGAUCCCCAUAGACCGAGAGACGCUGAAGGACUGCCGCACUCUGCUCAAGGGGAAGCUGUGCUACUUGGAGUUUGAAGUGUCAGUGACUGAUCUGAUUCAAAACCAGAGCCCCAGACUCAUCGAGGGACGCAUCGAGGUGCAGGACAUCAAUGACAACACCCCGCAAUUUCCCUCUUCUGUGCUCACCAUCUCUGUGCCUGAAAACACCAUGAUGGGAGCGCUCUUCUCCAUCCCUCUUGCCACCGACAGGGACUCGGAGAGAAACGGAGUGGCCGAUUAUGCCCUGACUGCAGGGCUGGACGCUACCACUCUAUUUGGUUUACAAGUGGCUGAGGACAGAGGAGAGAAACUCCCACAGCUCAUUGUCCUGGGCAACCUAGACCGGGAGCUAAAGGAUUCCUAUGAUCUCACCAUUAAAGCAGUGGACGGAGGGAACCCACAGCGCUACAGCAGUGCCCUGCUCAGAGUGGUAGUGACUGACGCCAAUGACAACUCUCCCAAGUUUGAAAGGUCCACUUAUGAAGCUGAAGUCUCGGAGAACAGUCCAAUGGGCCACUCUGUGCUGCAGGUCAAAGCCAACGACUCUGACAUGGGCCCCAACGGGGAAAUCGAGUACACCCUUCACCAGGCCGUGGACCCUGUUCCUAGGCUGCUGCGCAUCGAUCGCUCCAGUGGCGUAAUCUAUGUCAAAGGUCCACUGGACAGGGAGGAAAUCAGCAGCUUGUCAUUCUACGUGGUGGCCAAAGAUAAGGGCCCUCAACCUAAGAGUUCUAAGACGUUCGUCACCAUAGAAGUGACUGACCAGAACGACAACGCGCCAGCCGUGGAGAUCCGUGGAAUUGGUUUGGUGACUCACACUGAGGGGGUAGCCAAUAUUUCCGAGGACAUGCCGGUUGGUACGGCCGUGGCUUUGGUGCAGGUGUCUGACAAAGAUGAGGGAGAGAAUGCAGUGGUGACUUGCGUGGUGGCUGGAGACGUGCCAUUUCAAUUGCGCCCGGCCAGUGAUUCAUCGAGUGACAAUAAGAGAAAAUACUUCCUUCAAACAACUACUCCUCUUGAUUAUGAAAGAGUACGAGAUUAUAGAGUUGAAAUUGUGGCUGUUGACUCUGGAAACCCUGCUCUGUCAAGUACAAAUUCUCUCAAAGUCCAAGUGACAGACGUGAACGAUAAUUCUCCAAUAUUUUCUCCGACGUUGUUCGAGGUGGAGUUUGCCGAAGAGAACCAGCCCGGUGAAAAGGUUUUGGAUGUUACCGCCUCAGACGCAGACAGUGGCACUAAUGCGGAGCUUGUCUAUAACAUUUUGGGAGACUCAUCCAUCAAAGGUCUGUUUGAAAUCGAUCCCAACACCGGAGAGGUGCGAGCCAGGAGCCCUCUAGAUCGUGAACACAAAGAGAGGUAUGAAUUUAGAGUGACUGCCGCUGAUAAGGGCUCCCCUGUGCACAAAGGGACAGCUACAGUUGUCAUAAAAGUCCUCGAUCGUAAUGAUAAUGACCCCAAGUUCAUGCUUAGUGGCUAUAGCUUUUCAGUGUUGGAAAACAUGCCUCCUCUCAGCCCGGUUGGCAUGGUGACAGUCAUGGAUGUGGACAAAGGUGAAAACGCUCAUAUCCACCUCUCUGUGGAGCCCGAUGGGGGGAAGUUUGUAGUGCAAAAUGGAACAGGCACCAUCCUUUCCAGCAUUUCAUUUGACAGAGAGAAAGAAAGUAGUUACACAUUUAGGCUCAAAGCUGUGGAUGGAGGAGAGCCCCCCAGGUCCUCAUAUGUCGGAGUCACUAUUAAUGUUCUUGAUGAAAAUGAUAAUGAUCCAGUUGUCACAAAGCCCUCUAAUUCCUCUUUUCGGCCCUUGUCUCCGCUGGCUUCCCCUGAUAGUCAUGUGGAGAUAGUGGAAGCUGAGGAUUUGGACAAUGGGCCUAAUGCGGACUUGGUUUUUAGCAUCGCUGGAGGUAAUCCUUAUCAAUUAUUCCGCAUCUCCCCCACCAGCGGAGAAAUCACUCUUGCAAAAGAGAUGACCCGGAAGCACGGCGGACUGCAUCGCUUAGUAGUCCGAGUGAGUGACCGGGGAAAGCCAGCACGUCAUGCCACUGCGCUAGUGCACAUCUAUGUGAACGAGACCAUUUCAAAUGUCAGCUUAGUGGAGGCCUUGGUCGGGCACAGCCUUUACACUCCACUGGACAGAGACAUUGCAGGUGAUCCUGACAAUGGAUUUGCUGCACAGCGAAGCAAUAUUUUGUUUGGGAGUCUCGCUGGCGUGGCAGGUGUUGUCAUGCUGAUUUUCGUGGUUGUUUUUAUCCGCCACCGCAUUCAGAGAGAGACUAAGAGUGGCUACCAGGCAGGCAAGAAGGAGACAAAAGACUUGUAUGCACCCAAGCAGGUACCCAAGAACACCAAAGGCAAACGAGGCAGAAAGGGGAAGCCCCAGAAGUCUACUAAACCACUGGGUGAGGACGAAGAAGUCAGUCUUCAAAAGAGUUUAAAGUUCAAUCUAGAUGGAGUCAACGAUAGCCCGAGGAUACACCUGCCCCUGACAUAUUCACCGGGCAGCCCAGACAUAGGCCGGCAUUACCGCUCCAACUCCCCCCUGCCCUCCAUCCAACUGCAGGCGCAGUCGCCCUCGGCCUCUCAGAAGCACCAGGCCGUGCAGGACCUGCCCGCCGCCAACACCUUUGUUGGAACAGGAGGAGACGACAACUCCACUGGCUCAGACCAGUACUCCGAUUACAGCUACAAGACAGGCACGCAGAAGUACAACAAGCAGCAUCCCCAUCGACGAGUGACCUUCUCCACCACUAACCCGGUCCAGGACAUGCAGGACGCCUCCCAGCACAGUUACUAUGACAGCGGUCUGGAGGAAUCGGAGACCCCCAGCAGCAAGUCGUCGUCAGGCCCCCGUAUCGGCCCCCUGACCCUGCCCGAGGAUCACUACGAGAGGACCACCCCGGACGGCAGCAUCGGAGAGACCGAACAUCCCGAAAACGAUAUCCGUUCCAUCCCAGACGUGGCGAUGACCGGAAACUGUACAACGGAGUGCAGCGAGCUGGGUCACUCGGACGCCUGCUGGAUGCCCGGUCACCCCUCCCCCAUGCGCAAGACCAGGAACCCGCCCAAACUCUCCACCUUCGUGCCUUACCAGGAGAGAGGGAGCCUAGGUCGCCUGGCCAACGGAAGCGCCAGGCAGGGCUGUGACGAGCCGCGGUCUCGCCUGCCCCCGUCCCGUAGUGCCUAUUCCAGCAGCAGCAGCGGUGCCCCGGAGCCCGGCUCUGACUGCCCGCUGGAGGAGAUGCCCCUCAGCGUCGCCACAGAGUACCCGCCCACUUCUCCUACCACUCACACGCCCAAACGAGAAAUCUACCUGUAGACCUGCACAAAUCAACAAGUACACCAGUCCACGCGCAAAAGCCAAUGCCCUUUUUGUCAUGACAACAGGCUGUGACUCAUCCCAUCACUGGCAUGAACACUUGUUUUUGUCAUCCUUCUUUCUAAAUUAUUAAUUUAUUAGAAUAUUUAUUCAUCACAUGCAGUUGACCAUUUAUUUAUACAACUCUUCAAACAGAUGUAAUUCCAAAUGGAAAAAGUGCAGAGUGGUAAUAAUUGCAACUUUAGCGGUAACAAAUUAAUGUUGUAGUUAGCCGAGUCCCAUUAUGUGAAGUGAUCUCUCGAAUAUGGAAGUUGUGAUCAGUGCUCUUGUGCCAUUAUUAGAUAGACAGCCACAACCACCCGAAGGCGUAACGUAACUAAACAAUCAAACAGAAUGGUCUUAUCUUAAUGUACAGUGCUGUAAAUACAUUUGAAUGGUGUGUUCUACAUAUAUUUUGUCUGGCAUAAGCUGAAAAAGAUUGCCUCAGACUUAGCAUAUUUAAGCUUUUCUUUGCUGCUGCUGUUUGAAACUUGACUGAAAGCGUCUCCGCCGGUGGAGUUCAAUCCCGUGGGAAGGCAUUUACCUGGUCCUCACAACCGCACACACAAAUACACACAAAUGCACACAAAUACACAUCAGUGACCCCCCCUCCCUUCCACAAUCACAGUCGAAUGGCCUUUACCUGUGCCCCCCGUAGUGCCCCCACUGCUGCUGCUGCCGGGGAACUGCAUUAGAAGUGACAGAGCGCUCCCCGGCUCUGUGCGGCACUGUGACCUAAAGCCUUCAUCAUUUGAAACGGCUGAUUCGGCCACGGUACUACCCCGGGAGUCACAACAGAACAAACACACAGUACUUUACAAGAUGGUUUCUAGAUUAGCUUUUCAGUUCAAAUAUCCUCCCGCUAAUGGACUCAUAACAGUGCAAAAGCUCUCCUCAGUGGCGACAAUCAGACAUAGUGAAACUCGCAAUCCUUUUCUCCACGCCUCAAAUUCCUUUUCGCUUUCAACAACAAGACCUUGUCAAGGGGGAAUAAAUAUUUGAUGAGAUAUUUAGAUGAGAUCUGAAAGAGUACUUGAUUACUGACAGUCUCUGCUAAAAAUAAUUUGAAAUAUUAUCAUGUUGUUAUCUGCACAGAAUGCCUUUCUUGCCAGGUAAUUUAUUAAUUGCCUCAUAUGGAAUUCACUGCACAUUAGCACAAAGAGCAAGGCAGACUAGACGUAAACAAAUUGAUUCCAAACCUAAAGGUCAAUCAACAAACCAAUUUGGAAAAUAAAUAUCUUUGCUGAUAUCAAUAAUUAAAGAGCAACUUGUAAGUUUAACAGCCAUUUUACAUUUUAAACUGGAAUUACUACAUUUUUUAUUACUAUAUCAAACUGAAGUAAAAAGCACUUAGAGAGAUGAUUUCGAAAGAAGACACCCAUCAUUUAUUCUGGCCGUUUACGCUAAUGGACAUUUAUUGAAAUCUGAAGAAUGUAAAACAGUUACUAGACCAAUGGUUAGACACAAGGUUAGAGAC